AUGCGGCCUGCGACGCCACUGGCGUCUCGGGAGUACAAUGGCCCGAUUCGCGGUGUCAACCUCGGUGGCCUCUUUGUUCUCGAGCCCUGGAUCACGCCGUCUCUGUUUGCGCAGUGGGCCAACAUCACCAACUCGCCAGUCAAUGACGAAUGGUCUUACUGCGCUACGCUGGGCAAAGACGAGUGCACCCGUCGCCUGCAUAGCGCACUGGAGAUCGUGGGCAUCAACACGAUCCGGGAUUCCGAUCGGCCAUACAUCCAAGGGCAGAUCCCGUAUCUGAAACAGGUGCUUGGCUGGGCCAGCAACUACGGCAUCGAGGUCAUGCUCGACCUGCAUGGCGCUCCAGGCUCCCAGAACGGCUUCGACAACUCGGGCCGUCGCGGCGAGAUUUCCUGGUCCAAGAACACCGGUGAUCUGGCCAGGAUCGCCAACGAGUUCCCCAUUGUUAAGAGCAUUGAGGCUUUGAACGAGCCAGCAAACUGGGGGAUUCCCAAGAGCACCCUCAUUGACUUCUACCACCAGGCAUAUGCAAGGCGUGCCGAUGGCGCCAGGCUUGCGCCCUUCAACUACCGCACCCCAACAAUUGUUGGCGAGUUCAGCAUGGCUACGACUGACUGCGCUGGCUGGCUCAACGGCUUCCAGCGCGGCUCCCGCUGGGACGGCACCUACCUGCGCAGCACGCCAAUUGCCAGCGGUGGCUCGUGCGCCGGCCAAGAGGAUAUAGCGCAGUUCCAGGCGUACGAGAAGGCCAGCGGCUGGGUGUUCUGGAACUUCAAGACCGAGUCUUCCGAUGCGUGGAACUACAUCAAGCUAGCCAAUGCUGGAAUUAUCCCGAACCCGCCAGCGCAGCACCAGUACCUGUCGGUUGCGCCAGCAGAAACUGCAGUGCCAAUCCUGCCUGGAGGGAAAACGGGAAAGGUCGCAUCAGAUAUCCGGCAGCAGCCGCCGUCUAGCUCAUCAAUGAUCUACCAUGGUCGCAAGAUUGUGCGCGGCGUCAAUAUAGGAGGGUAUCUGCCCAAGCCUACUGAUUACCUACAGCUCUGCAAGUACCUCGGGCCGGAGCGCACACUGGCACUGAUGAAGCGACACUGGGAUACAUGGACUGACGAGGGAUUCGUUGGUGGCGGGCUGCCGUAUUUCAAGCAGCUGGUGUACUGGGCCAACAAGUACGGGCUCAAGGGUAGCCAGAAUGGCUUCGACAACUCGGGGACAACCCAGGGUAUCAACUGGACCAGGGAUCCAAACAACAUCCGGCUCUCUAAGCAGGCGAUGCUGAACAUGCUGCGGUAUAUCUCCAAAGACCCGGUGCUGCUGGCGACAGUCGAUGCAGUCGAUGUGCUGAAUGAGCCGAUGAUUGAUGCGCUUGACUUCUCGCAGCUGUGGGAGUACAACACGGGUGCGCACUCGCUGAUAACCAAUGGGCUGAACAAGACGCCGCCCGUUAUUUCCAUCAUCGACCGCGGGUUCAAGGAGGACUGGAACUCGUACCAUACCGAUACAUGGCUCGAUGCGCACCUGUACCAUGUGUUCGACCGCAAUAUCGACGACUGGCCCUUGGAGAGACAUCUGAGUCUGGUGUGCAGCAAUGGGCGUGACCUGCAGUCGAACGCGACCAUGUUCCCGAUAAUCGUUGGCGAGUGGUCACUGGCGCUUCCGACGGCAGCGCUGGGGGGCAGAGAGAACGAGGCCCGGCGUAGGUUUGCCGAGGCACAGCUGGAUGCGUACGAGAAGGGCGGGGCAGGGUGGUUCUUUUGGUGUCUCAAGACAGAGUCAUCCCCAGAGUGGUCAUUUUUGGACUCAUUGGAUCGGUCAUGGCUGCCGUAUCCGUUGACCACGCGGGCAUUCCCGCCAGUAGAUCAAUUCGAGUCCGGAGCAGUCGCUAUUGCGUGGAUGCUGAAGUCGCCGAAGCCUUAUCCGAAGCAGGUGUGGUCUCCGGCCGGUGGCUGGUGGGCGCAGCCCAAGUCGUGGAAGCGCAACACGGUCAUUGUUGGUCUGGGUGCGGCGGCAGUCGUUGCGUUCGUGUUCAAGAAGUCGGCUGAGCUCGAGGAGCGCACCAUCUACCCUCGCGUGUGGACCCCGUCGAUGAUGUGGUCGAAGCAGUUCAAGAACAACGACGACCCGAACUUCCAGCCGCCCAAGUCCCUGUAA